AUGGGCGAACCCGAACCAUCCUCGCCGCCUCGCUCUGCCACUGAACCGCAGCUCAAGGCUGCAAAAGACAAGAACUGCCCCUUUUGCGGCCAGGCAUUCACCUCCUCCAGCCUCGGACGCCACCUCGACCUCUACAUCCGAGCCAAGAACCCAAAGGCCCCAGACGGCAUCCAUGUCGUCGAUGAAAUCCGUAAGCUGCGCGGCGGCAUCACCAGGCGCCAGGCAAAGGGCAGCGUCUCCACUCCCAGGCGCGAUGAGAGCGGCGCCAGCACCCCCGCCACCAAGAAGCGCAUAGCCAGCGAAGACUCGUCCAUGCUCAUGCAGAGCCCCGAUGACGACGACGACUCGCUCGAAGUGGGCAAAUCCAGAGGUGCCUUCAAGGACGUCACUUGGGGGGCUGGCCACCGCCCCUCGCGCCUCCUGACAAAGACACCAGACCCCCGCCGAGAUGCUUCCCGUCAGCUGCGAAAGGCAGAUCUCGACCAGAGGCAGAAGACGAGCGAAGAGGUCGAAAUUGCGGCCGCCACCGAGAUGGCCCUGCGCGAGCUGUUGAAGAGCGUACGUGAAGCAAAUGCAAAAGCAUCAGGUAUCGGCCUCUUCGACUUUGAUCCCUACGCCCAAAAUUUUCCAUCGCUAUGCCUCCACAUCCUCCCCGCACCCUCAACUCUCUUCUCCCCCACGCCCUUUCCGACUGCCGAGUCAUGGUCCAUCGCCCCGCCCGGGCAGAAGCAGUUUGAAGCGCUGAAUAAGCAGGUGCGCGAGCGCCUGCUUGCCUACCAGCGCCAGCGACACCUCAACCAAGUGUUUCCCUCUGGAACCUCCAACCCCAAUGCUCCUUCCUCAGCUACUUCCUCGCCCCUUCCCACCCCACCACUCUUCGACCACGACCCCCAACGACUCUUUGGCCACAUUGCGGAUGCCUACCACCACUGGAGCCAGCAUUCCGACCAGACGAGACAGGAUUACUGGCAGAUUGAAAUUCUACGCUGCUAUGCCCGUGCUGAUGACCGACGACGAGAAGCAGAAGUCCAGCUAGAGAACGCCCGUAGAGAGAAUGAAUAUCUCAAAGCUAGCCGCUGGUCGUCCGGUGGCCCCGACAUGUCACCCAUCAGCAUCAAUCUGGGUGUCGACACGACCAAGGAGCUUGCAAAGCACGGCAUGGACUACCGCAACUGGGACUAUGACCGCCUGAUUGACAAAUGGCGAACAGCCAUACGUGAAAACAGGGUGUCUGUUUCAGGCCUGGCUGCUCAGAAGCCAUUGCCCGGCGACGCCAGUUCACGUAGCUCCAUGGCUAGCCAGACGGCACAGGUGUACGCCACUGUUAAUCAGCCCAGACAAGGCAGUCCAGUCAAGGCGGAGACCAGUAUGCCUUUUAGCGCGCCAGCGACGGUCAAUGGUGAUGUUGGUAGCGAUCAAGUUGACGCAGAAGGCGAUGAUGACGAUGGAAUCGAUCUCACCCCGCACACGAACGACGAGGAAGACGCCAUGCACCACCUCCAUCACCAGGCACAUCGACAAUCAGUUCACCAGUCCCAGCCUCAGCACCAUCACACGACGCCUCUUCAGCCCACGCCGCCACACCAUCAGCAACAGUUCCAGUCCCACAUGCAGACGACCCAGCAUAUCACGCAAGCCCAAAUCGCCCAAGCUCAGGCCCAAGCCCAAGCAUGGGCAGCAGCUCGUCAGCACAUGAACCAGUCACGGAAUCAAGACUUUCACCCACAUCAGCAACACCAACUCUCGCCCCAUCUGCAACAUGUCAGCUCAGCCGACAGUAGCCGACGCGAGUCACUGGCGAUGAUGGAUCCGCACAACCUGAACCAAAGCAACAUGGGCGGUAUGAGCGGUUCCAUGGGCAUGCCAGCUGGUAUGGACGGUCUCGACAACCACCAAGACCAGUUUUUGCGCCUCGACAUGGGUAUGCAAACAGGCUUCGUCGGCUCCAACGAUGGCGGUGUAUCCAUGGGUUCAUAA